AUGAAUAUCUUUUCUAUUUUAACAACUCUGAGGCUGGGAGAUACAGGAUUGUAUAGGAUAACGCCUGAGAGUAUUUUUCACUGGCCCAACCUGGAAAGACUUGACUUAUUCGACAACGAUCAUCUCAAUGUUUAUUUUUUGAAGACCAAAUGGAACAGCAAUGCAUCUCUCAUAGAGUUAGAUCUUAGUGAGGCCCUGGUACUUUAUUCGUGCAAUCUCUUGGGGCCUAUUCUUGAAUCUUUUUCGAAUCUCACCCACAUAGAGUCUUUGUACCUUGAAGAUAACUCCUUGAAUGGAUCAAUACCAUCAUGGAUAUUCUCCCAAAUUCCAUCAAUAAGUAGUCUAGACUUGAGUAAUAACCACUUUUCUGGUCAGCUUGAGGAUUUCAAUGGCAAUAUAGAUGUCAGCUUGUUUUCAGACCUUAAAUAUCUUACGGAUCUUGAUCUUUCAUAUAAUCGUAUCUCAUUGACCAAUGAGAACAUAGUUAAAUUUACUUUGCCCGAAUCUCUCGAUACCUUACAGUUGGUUGCAUGUGAAGUGAAAGAAUUAGAAUUUUUGAGUUCCGCAAAGAAACUUGAGGUGUUGGAUCUUUCAUAUAAUAAGCUUCAAGGAAGGAUUCCUAAUUGGGCAUGGUCUAACUGGAUGUUUUCAUUGAGAAAUCUUAAUAUAUCCCACAAUAUGUUGACGAGUUCAAUACCUAUUCUGCCAGAUUCCACAUUAUACUUCUUCAUAUCUGAACAUAAUCUAAGUGGGAAGAUACCUUUGUCUAUUUGCAAUUUGACGUCAUUGCAAAUUCUAGAUUUGACCAGAAACAAUUUGCGAGGAGAAAUUCUGCAAUGUUUGGGCAAUAUCACAGCUCUUGAGAUUUUGGAUAUGCGUCGCAACAAUCUUUCGGGGGCUCUUGCAACAACUUUCAGCAUUGAAAGUUCACUUAGAAACUUCAACUUGCAUGAUCUCUCUUCCAAUGCCUUCAUAGGAAACUUCCCAGUGUGGCUCUUGAAAGCCAUGAGGACAAUUGAUCACACAAUGAAGGCACCAAUUGAUGAAGGAGAUGGAUAUUACCAAGACUCGGUAGCUAUCGUAACAAAGGGAUUGGAGCUUGAAGUUGUGAGAAUCUUGUUUCUGUACGCCACUAUCGAUCUUUCAAACAAAAAAUUUGAAGGACAUAUUCCUAGUGUUUUGGGAGAUCUCAUUGCACUUCGGGUGCUGAAUUUGUCUCAUAAUGGAUUGCAAGGUCAUAUACCAUCAUCACUUGGAAAUUUAUCUGUAGUAAAAUCCUUGGACCUUUCUUGUAACCAUCUUUUGGGAGAGAUACCACAACAACUCGCUAAACUUACAUAUCUCGAAUUCUCAAAUCUCUUCCACAAUCAUCUCAAAGGGUGCAUUCCUCAAGGGAAUCAAUUGCAUACCUUUGAGAACAAUUCAUAUGAAGGUAAUGAUGGAUUACAUGGAUUCCCAGUUUCUUGCAAUGAUCAUGUAUCAGAGACAAAUUAUACCGUAUUUGCAUUAGACGAUCAAGACAACAAUUCUGAAUUUCUAAAUGAUUUUCGGAAAGCUGCUCUUAUGGGCUAUAGUUGUGGACUAUGUAUUGGGUUAUCCAUAGUAUAUUUCAUGGUUUCAACUGGAAAUCCAAAAUGGCUUGCAAGAAUCAUUGUGAACUGGAACACAAAAUUACUAUGCGAAGGAGAAAGAAGCUGCGAUGUCAAAGGAAUCACAGAAGAAGAAAUAAUCCAUUGUAGACAAGUUAUUAAUCGAGCAAGAUUUGAUUUCAGAACUUUAGGUAUUCAAGUUAAUCACUAUGUUGAUCUUUUAGUUUAUUAUAAGUCGAUGCACAUUGCACAUGUACACACACAGAUCCAAGUUAAUGGCAUUGCAAAUGUCUUGGCUGCACCACAACAGUGUGCUGUCAGCAAGAUGAAUACAGGCAGUCUCAGUGAUUAUUUCUAUCAAACACAAGCAUUUUAG